UUGAACCUGCAACCACUGGAGUCAAGUGCUAACCACUACACUACUAACUGUCCCAGUUGUUUCUUACUGGGAAAAAUUUCAGUUUUUUCCAAACCCAUCACAAAUUCACCUCAGAAUCACCCUAAAUGAUUACUAAAACCAUAAGAAAAAGUUGGGUAACACAUUAAAAUAGAAUGAUGGCAUCAUUAUCUUUACCAUGACAUUAAUUAAAACAUUAUUUCAUCAAAUAAACUUACUGUGAUAGUGUGUGAACUGGCUUCAGGAAGAUAAAGGCUACAUGUCACAUACUGUAUAUGGUGGUGCAAAACAGAACUGUGAGUACGCAAGCGAGGGCAUACAGUGCCAGAACACAACCAAGUGUGCAGCUAAACAGUUCCCACAGUAUGUUGUGUCUGAGUCACACAGCCACUUUGGUGCAGUUUUUAAACGAUGGAGUCUCAGUGCAAUUUAACAAUUUCCAUAAUUUUCAUUGUUAAUAUAGCAGUUUUAUACUAAUAAUACUGUAGUACAUUCGUCUGUUGGUUUAUCGGGCUUUUGCUUACAUAUCCACACACCUGUCUUCCAGCAGAUGGCUCAAGUGUGGACUGAGAUAAAAGAAGUGUUUCCUCGUACCGAGGCUGAGUUUCCUCUUCAGUUCAGUGCGACAAUAGAUCCCAGCCUGGUGGCAGUGUUAGAGCGGGCCCGGCGACAACUAUACAGUGAAACAGAAGCCUUCAUUUUGGAGGAAAGUGCACAGAUUGUGCUUGAUUUCUCCUGGGAGAGGCUUAAUGCUGGGACAUGGCGUGACGUAAACAAAGAGUGGCGCCAGGCCUACUCGUAUGGCUGUCUAUUUAAGGUGGCAUCCCUGUGCCGUGAACAGCCGUGUGAAGCCCGGGCAUGCGACGCCAUAAGAACAUGUGACAUGGCACUGUUGAUGGGGGCUGCUAUCAUGAACAACAUUUUGCAGACUCUGGUGGAAAUUCUGCAACAAAAGAUAAGGAAGAGACAUUCAGAUGAGUCAAGUCAUGCAGAAGAGUGCAUUGUAAAGAAACAAAGGGAAGACUGUGUUCCUGUACCUGAAGUCAGUCGAGAAAAUGCAGUCCCCAGGACAAGUUGUCCAUCGUUGGAGGGCUUUAGAUCAGGGUUCCUUACUCUCCAAAAACCAGUAAUUUUACAGGGCAUUAUUGACCACUGGCCUGCCUUUAAACACCAUAAAUGGAGCACAGAAUAUCUGCGGGCAGUUGCAGGCUGUAGGACUGUCCCCAUUGAAGUAGGUUCCCGAUACACAGAUGAAGAAUGGUCGCAGAAACUCCUCACUGUUAACCAGUUUAUAGACCACUAUAUCCUUAGAAAGGUGGAUGGCAGCAGUGUUGGGUACCUGGCCCAACAUCAGCUUUUUGACCAGGUUCCUGAGCUGAAGGAUGACAUAUGUAUUCCGGACUACUGUUGCCUUGGUGAUGGAGAGGAAGAUGAUAUUACCAUCAAUGCUUGGUUUGGUCCAGCAGGGACAGUUUCCCCCCUGCACCAGGAUCCCCAGCACAACUUUCUGGCUCAGGUGGUUGGAAGGAAGUACCUCCGGCUGUAUUCUCCUGAGGACACUGAAAAGCUCUACCCCCAUCAGUCCCAGCUGCUACACAACACCAGCCAGGUGGACGUGGAGAGCCCCGAUGUGGCCCGCUUCCCAGAGUUUGUUAAAGCCCGCUACCAGGAGUGCGUGCUGCAUCCUGGAGAUGUCCUCUUCAUCCCUGCACAGCACUGGCACUAUGUACGUGCCCUUGACCUCAGCUUCUCUGUCAGCUUCUGGUGGUCCUGAGGCAUUCUCAUGGUCAUCCCAUCUUUGACGUUUACCAAAGUGUGGAUUAUGUGUUGCACACAAGACAGAACACUCAAUAUUCACAUAACCUUAAGCUACGUAUUAUGAAGUGUUGCAAGAACUACUGUAUAUGCUAAAGGAACAGUAAAAAUUUUCUGUUUUGUGCUUGUUUACAAACAAAUAUGAUUGCAUGUUAAAUGUAUUAAUAAAAAUAUAUAGGUAACCAUACUGUAGUUGGUCAGGAAGUAAAACAAAAGGAAACAAUUUUACAAAAUUAAAAAAGUAAAAAUUUCUUGUAUUUGAUGAUUAAGAAUAAGGUUUGCACACUGCAAGGAAAUGCAAAAUUUGGCAGUUUAAAAUGUAUGAGGUGUAUGUAUGAUGUGUAAUGUAUGCUGUGUAUGUAGGUUUACAUAUGU